AUGCCCACCCAAUCCGGCUUCAGGCCUCUUGAUGUCGGAGUGAUAGGAGGAGGUAUCGGAGGAUUGAGUGCUGCUAUUGCUCUACGUCGUGCUGGGCAUCUAGUCACAAUAUACGAGCGUGCAGAUUACGCUAGCGAGGUUGGCGCAUCGGUAUCUUGCGCGGCUAACGGCACCAAAUGGUUACAUGAAUGGGAUGUCCCAGUCGAAAAGGGAGAUCCUGUCAUCUUGAAGAAGCUAAUUCGACAUGAUUGGAAAACUGGAGAGCCUGAUUCUGUUUAUGACCUCGAUGAUUAUGGGGAGAAAUGGGGAUAUGUUUACAAUAUGUUCCACCGGCAAUAUAUGCACGCCAUGCUUAUGGAUAGUGCUGUAGCUGAACCAGAAAAGCCAGGUGUACCUGCUAAGUUGCUUGUAAAUCACAAGUGCUCUGGGCUUGACGUCGAAUCUGGAACAAUCACUUUUGAAAAUGGCAAUACUGCAGUUCAUGAUGUAGUAAUCGGAGCUGACGGCAUCGGAUCUGCGGUCCGUUCUCUUAUCGGCAUCAAAGUUGAGAGGAAAGCAGCCGAUGCUAGUUGUCUCCAUGCAAAUGUAGACACCGAAGAGGCGAUUAAGCUUGGCUUGGUCGAUUAUUCAAAAAACGGUGCGCUCGAAUACUGGGGGGGCCUUAAUACUCAUUAUAAGAUUGUUCUAUCACCUUGCAACGGUGGUAAAUUGCUCUCUUACUAUUGUUUUUUUCCAAGAGAAAAGGGUGAUUAUUCGAAUCAGACAUGGGGCGCGAAGGGAACCGUAGAAGAGCUACUUGCCCCCUUCCCUGAUCUGGAUCCUCAGGUCUACAAGCAUUUGUCAAUAGGGAAGGAUAUCGCUCCUUGGAGAUUAUGGAUUCAUGAACCUUAUCCAUACUGGCAAAAGGGCACUGCUUGUGUCAUAGGGGAUGCAGCUCAUCCGAUGAUGCCUGAUCAAAGUCAAGGAGCCUGUAUGGCGAUUGAGGAUGCUGCGGCUCUAGGCAUUAUCUUCGGCCAGAAACACUUCAACGGCGACGUACAAGAGGCUUUGAGAGUCUAUGAACAGGUCAGAAAGCCCCGUGCAAGUCGCGUCCAAGCCGCUGCUGCUAAAGCACGGGAGAACAUUAAUGAACGCAUUGGGUUUUCAAGCAACACCAAAUCAUCAGUCUACAAAGUUUCUGACGAAAGUGCAAAAUUGACAAUUGAAGAAAUGAAUGCGUAA